AACUAUAGAUUUUCAGGCGAUCUAUGCGCUCAAUGCGUGAAACGGAACGCUCCAUAGAUAUCCAAACGAUCUAUGCGCUCUAUGCAUGAAACGGAACGCAACCAAGGACAUGUGACAUGUGUGUGGGGGUUAUCCUAAACCGUAGCUUUUAUCAUAGUAUGCUAAAUCGCAAUGUAAUCGUGCGAUACAUUACAUUAUCUACUAGCAAGUGACAAUCUCUGACAAUUUGCAUGAACCUCGAUUAGCCUGCGCUCGGGCACAGUGCGCUGAUGGAUUGUGUCUACCGAUAUUCAGUCUUUAGGUUAGCUCGCAACUUUAGAAUUGUCAGUGAUUGAAGAACAAGCAAAAAAUAUAUCUCGUGCGGCACGAUGCGGGCGGCUAUCGCGAUUUUUUGCGUUUUCCUUGGGUGCUGCACCAAUGUCGUGUUCCUGGAACUGCUUGUAAAGGAUGAUCCUGGCAGUGGAAACCUUAUUACGUUUUCACAAUUUUUCUUUAUAGCUCUUGAAGGAUUUUUAUUCACAUCUAAAUGUGGUACUGUCAAACCAAAUAUAAGCAUAAAGAAUUACUUUAUUUUAGUCACAAUGUUUUUUGUUGUCAAUGUUUGCAACAAUUAUGCUUUUGACUUCAAUAUUCCCAUGCCAUUGCACAUGAUAUUUAGAGCUGGUUCUCUCAUAGCCAAUAUGAUCAUGGGUAUUAUUAUUUUAAACAAAAAGUAUGCAUUUAGCAAAUAUUUAUCAGUAUUCAUGAUUACAACGGGAAUAGUACUCUGCACGAUUGUUAGUGGUAAAGAGAUCAAGUCUUUGCAACAAAAAAAUGUGGACCAAGUGCCUACAACACCAUGGGAUGAUUUCUUUUGGUGGAUUCUGGGGAUAUCUCUACUUACAAUCGCUUUGUUCAUUUCUGCUAGAAUGGGUAUCUACCAAGAAGAAUUGUACAAACGGUAUGGUAAAAAUGCGCGGGAAGCUUUGUUUUACACACAUUUUUUACCUCUGCCAUUCUUCUUAACACUAGCCCCUAAUAUUUAUAAUCAUUGGAAAUUCGCGCUCGCAUCCGAGCCACUGAGUUUACCUCUGAUUGAUGUAUAUAUGCCAUCAUUAAUUAUAUAUUUAAUUGGAAACGUCUUGACACAAUAUAUGUGUAUCAGCUCCGUAUUUGUAUUGACUACAGAAUGUACUUCUCUCACAGUUACUUUGGUAAUAACGCUGCGAAAAUUUCUGUCUCUGUUAUUUUCAAUUAUCUAUUUUAAAAAUCCGUUUACUAUAUAUCACUGGAUUGGUACGAUACUAGUUUUCAUAGGUACAGUUAUAUUUACAGAAGUGGUACCAAAGAUUAUGCAAAGCUUACAAAAUAUAUCUAAGACGAAAAAAAUGGAAUAGGUACAUUAAUAUCAAAGAUGAAACAAGCAAGGCAUUCAUUUUUUAUCUCUAUUGGGUAUAUGAUAAAACUCUGAAUGAGUUUAUUGAAAUAUUUUACAUAAUAGUUACAUUAUUUUGAUAUAUGUAGAAGAUUGCAUGUUUUUCAAACAAAUAUAAUAUCGGGAAGAUAAAAGAAAAGUGCCGCCCAGUGUUUUCUAUAAAUUUAUAUGCUUUUUUAAAAUAGUUAAUAACAUUCGAAAUGUAAUUUCUCUACUACCUCAAUAUUUCCAUAUAAUUCAAUGAAUAAAAAGCAAUUUUUAAUUUCUAUUACUACAAAUGUACCUGAUCAUUUAGUGAUGUUAAUAUAAAUCAAAUUAUUAUUAGCGCGUAUCAUUAAUAAUUUCGCAAAUUUGGUUUUAACGAUGCAGUUAUAUUUUCUGUUUUUUGUAAUAUAUAUAUUUUUUACAAUAAAUAUAUUUUUCCUCUUUAUCUAGCAAUUUAAAUUCGAUGCAAGGGCACAGUAAAUUUGAAUAAAUUUAUAGUAGAAUAAUUUAUCGAUCGUAUAUCACUUAAUUAGGCUCGUUGUUCAGAAAGUUCUCUUGGAAAAUAGCUGAAAAAAUAGCGAGAAAGGCUACGUAACAAUUAAGAUAAAAGAAGACAGAGGUUUUUAUACUUGCUUCUUGGCACAUUACAUAGAUAGU